UCUCGGAUUUCUCUAUAUCGCCGCCACUAGGGGCGCCGUUCGCCACCACCCACAUGUUGAUGCCGUCGCCAGUUCUCUGUCGGAACUCCCUUCUCCUCCACUCCCAGCCCUGCAGCCGGAGGCCCUCCCUCUCUCCCCAGCUCUGUUCGCAACCCACGGUCACCAGCUCUCCCCAGCGCCAUCGUGCUCCUCCCGAGCCACCACUCCACGCCAAGCAACCACCACGACCACCCUUCUCGGCUGAAGCUCACACAGAUGAGGUGUUUGCUCAAAUUACUUUGAUUCCAGAGGCAGAGCAAGACAAGCCAAGUUUGGAGGAUGAAAAUGAUGUGUCUUUGCCUCAAAGAACCAGUCUAUGCUCCUAUGUCAAGAAACUCACUGCCUCUGACACGAGCACGCAUGGUGGAUUCUCUGUUCCCAAGCGACAAGCUCAAGAGUGCUUCCCUCCUCUGGACAUGUCUCAGCAACCGUCUGCACAGGAACUGAUUGUCAAAGACUUGCAUGGGCUUGAAUGGUGCUUUCGCCAUAUUUGUCGUGGUAUAUUUAGUAAGCCGGGAUUUUUUUGUGAGCAUCACGCCCUGAAAUAA